UCAUAAACAUGUGAAUCUCUUCUGUUUUCCAUCUCAAUAAUCAAAAGAAAAGGACUUAAAAGCUCAUCUAUAAAAAAAUUGCUAUACAAUAAUGGAUGAUUGCUGUGAAGUUGAAGCCUCUUUUAGCAGUACCAAGAAAAGAUCUUUGCCCCUUCUCACGUGGAUGAUGAAUCCAUAAUGUGUCAUCUCUUUGCGUAAAUAUAAAGUGAAAGUAAAGAGAGAAACAAUAGAGAGACUACUUCUUCUUCAUCCAACUCAUCUUCCACAAAUUUCUCACUUUUUUUUUCCUUGUUCUUUUCCUUCUAGAUUUCAAGAUUUGCAUCUUCUCAGCCAUUGUAAAACAGACAGGAAGAUCACCAAAAUCCACUAAAACCACUGCUUCUUUGAACAUCUCUUGAAUCUAUAGCAUAUGCGGUUUCCUCUUUUGUUUAAUAAUUUUCAAGAGAUAUAAAGGAGCUCUCUUUUUGUGGUCUUUGAUAAAGCUUCUAAAAAGCUAAAGAUUCAAAGCCCCAUCACUUCUUUAACCCGUCUCCAUUUCCCAAUCAAAAUCUCUCAACUUUCUUUCACACACAUAAAUCUUUCCACACUCAUUACCUGCUUAACACCAUCAUUAACAGCUAGAGCCAAGAAAAAAGUUAAGCCCACUUCUUGAUUUCACUAAAGAUGCAAACUUUACUCACAAUAUUCCUCUUUACUUGUUUAUUCACUCCCUCUCUUUCAAGCUUCCUAUCUGAGCCGGUCUCUGGCCAAAACCAGCCUCUAAAACCAGGAGACUAUUCAAACCCCAACACAGUCCCUGCAUUUCCAGUCCAAACUGAGUCUCAAAUUUGCCAGUUAGACCUUUCAGCUGAGCUUUUUGGUGGUGUAAAUGAUGCGUGUGGUAGAGACCUUGACCGUAGCCGGUGCUGUCCAGUUCUUGCGGCUUGGCUCUUUGCAGCUCAUGCAAGGUCAGCCCUCCAAGUCCAAGCUCCAGCCCCAACAUCAGCACCUGAUUUGCCGAUGAUGCCUGAUGAUUCACAAAAAUGUGUGAAUUCAUUACAAAGUGCACUUCUGAGUAAAAAUGUGAAGUUGGCGCAGCCUAAUGCUAGUUGUGAUGCUAUAUUGUGUUUUUGUGGGAUUAGGCUUCAUCAGAUCAGUUCACUUAGUUGUCCUGCUGCUUUUAAUGUGAGUUCCGCGUUUCAUAAUGCAACUCCUACUGCUGCUGUAAAGAAUUUGGAGAAGAAUUGUAAGAAUUCCACUUAUUCAGGGUGUACAAAGUGCCUUGGUGCCCUCCAAAAGUUGAAGGCCAAGAAUGAAACACAAGACAAGAGCACAAGGGAUGAGAGGGCAAGCAAAAUGUUCGAAAGGGAUUGCCAACUAAUGGGUCUAACAUGGCUACUUGCAAGAAACAAAACUGAAUACAUCCCAACAGUUUCUGCUGUUUUAAGAGCCAUAAUGUAUAGCACACACCCACCAGUCCAUAAAUCUAAGUGUAGCCCUGAUCAAGAAAACAUGCCAUUGGCUGUUGAUUCGCUACAGUUCGGGAAGGCCCAGUCAUCAUCUUCUUCAAGACUAACUUCAUCGUCAUCAUUAUGGUCUGGUCUUCGUUUCCUUGUUUUGCCACUCAUGAUUUUAGUUUCUUUGUUUGGAUAGUGGCUGGUUGGCCUUUGCUAGUGUACCUUUUUGCCUUGUCCCUGUAAUUUUUUUCAUGGUACAUUUUGUUUUAAGGCGAUCACGUGAAGCUAGUAGUCAAACUAGGAGGCCAACUAGGGUUUAUUUAUUUUUGUCUUAUUUUCACUCUGUAAAUUUCAGCUCUUGGCCGA